GUGACAGUUUGACAGUUCCGCAGUGUUUCGUAUCAUUGUAACUGGGUGCAGUGAUAUGAGUGAUUCACUCUAACUUAUCAGUAUUUAAAAUAGUUAUUCACAUGAAUAACUAACGUUGUGUUCUUUUUUAUUUUGUGUUUUUGUUUUAAAAGUUGUGUUUACCGGCAGGAUGUUGGGAAUGUUUAUGUACAUGCUAGAAGCGCGGAAGGAGUUGCUGGUGGGCCUGUCAUUAUCUGUAUUGUACAUAACCUAUUAUCUAGUGGAAGUAGUCAAGAGGCCAUUACUAGUUUGUGGUCCGGGAGCUCUACGGACACUGCUCGAGCGAGAUGUGCCGCUGCUACAGACACCGUACUGGCCAACCCCUUGGUGUGUGGAGGCGCGCCUGCAGACUGUCCUCGGCUCCAUACUGCGUUCCUUGUUACUGCCCCACGCCCGGUAUCGCCGUGAGGUCUUACGGCUAGCAGACGGCGGGCAAGUGGCCCUAGACUGGCUAGAGAACUCGGCAGGCCCCGGCGCACCGAUACUGCUCGUGCUGCCGGGGCUGACGGGCGGGUCGCAGGCGGACUACGUGCGCGCGCUGUGCGCCGCCGCGCAGCAGCUCGGGGCGCGGGCCGUCGUGUUCCAUUACAGGGGGCUGGGCGGGAUCAAGCUCACGACACCACGCCUCUACUGCGCCGUGAGCCACGAAGACUUGGCCGAAGUCGUAGAAGCGGUGUCCGAACGGGCCGGCGAUGCGCCAGUACUAGCCGUCGGCGUGUCCUUGGGAGGACUUAUACUAGGACAGUACUUGGCCGCGGCGGGCGACCAGGCCAGAGUACACGCGGCGUUGGUUGUGUCUUCACCGCUGGACGUUGAGCGAGGCUCAGAAUGUAUGGAGCGCGGCCUAAACGCCCUCCUGUCCCGGCACAUGGCUCGCAACCUCCGCCGCACCGUGUGCUCCCACUCCCUAGUAACCGCCGGGUCCGACGAACACGCGCGGGUAGAGAACGCCACAUCGGUCCGGGCGUUCGACGCGGCGUUCACGACGCGCCAUUUUGGAUUCGGGAGCGUCGAGGCGUAUUAUCGCGCGGCUACGCUCAGGGAUAAAUUAGGAGCGGUUAGGGUGCCGCUGCUGUGUUUAUGCGCUGCUGAUGAUCCUUUUCAGCCGCUCGAAGUCCUCCCGCUAGCCGAAGUCGCCGCCUCCAAGGCCGUAGCCUUAGCCGUCCCCGCGCGGGGCGGCCACAUCGGCUUCUUAGAGGGCUGGUGGCCGGCAGGCCAGGACCAGUACAUGGCGCGCGUCGCCUUCCAAUACUUCUCCGCUUUACUCCGUAACCCCGACUUGCUUCACUCUCCCCCUAAGGUACAAGUACAAACGCAGACUGAAAAGAUUGAAACUCCUGAAAAGCAGGAAGAGAUGGAAAAGCAGGAUAAGGUAGCCUGCUGACUGUAGGGGUAUUUGACAGUAUUAAGUACAAAGGCCGCUUCGGUAUUUUAGGCAUGGAACGGUUUUCUAAAAU